AUGCCAUUGGCCUCGUUUCCAGCCGCCUUCAAUCUAACGGAACUGAAAAAAGGUUUCUUUCCUCAUGAGUUCAAUUUACCCCAGCACCAGUCCUAUGUGGGUCAAAUUCCUGCCCUUGAAUUUUUCAACCCGGAUGGCAUGAGUGAGAAAAAGAAAAAAGAAUUGCAAGAAUGGCAUGCAGAGCAAGUGAGACGUGGAACACCCUAUGAUUUUGCCAAAGAAAUGGAAGAUUAUUGUAAAUCAGACGUGGCAUUGUUACAAGCAGGUUGCGAAGCUUUCACCCAAGAAUUUGAACGACACACCGACUUCAACCCCUUUGCCAAAUGUGUCACCAUUGCUUGUGCGUGCAACCUGUACUGGAGAAAACACUGCCUCAAAGAAGACACCAUUGCCGUGGAACCUCUCAAGGGAUGGCGCGGGACCAAUGUCAAUCAAUCUGUCAAAGCUUUGCAGUGGUUGUAUUUUAAAGAACAAGGCCUUGUCAAGCAGGAUGCCAGUCCAGACAGAAUUAAGCAUGUGAGAAACGGGGGCGAGCAAAGUGUGACGACUGUGGCGGACAGCUACUUUGUGGACGGCUAUGAUCUCCAGUCCAAUACCGUUUACGAAUUUCAUGGCUGUUUCUGGCACGGGUGUCCUCGCUGCCAUCCCAGAAAUCGUCACGCAAGACAUGCCGCCAAUCCAGAUAGAACCCAUAGGACCCACAGGAAGAGAGGCGGGUCAUUCGGGUUAACAACCCAAAUCAUUUUAAACGAGACACUACUAACAAGACUAUCAAAUUGGUCAACCAGGCCAAACAGUAUGGCCUCGUUUUUCACAAGCACGUGAUACAUCCAGACAAAAAAAUUAGUUAUCCUUUUGGAUACAGAGUAUGGUCAGAGUGCGAUCAAGAAAAUGUGGACAUUUUAUUAGAUUUGUAAAUAAAAAAAUUUUCUUCUUGACAGGAUUCGAACCAGUGAGCCGAGUCCACCCGACUGAUCAGACUCUGUUCCAACCAAGCAAGAACUUUCUACCCAGUACCGGCGAUGGCCACCGAACCACCGCUUUCCUGGCCAUUUUUUUGAUGACUUUUUAAACUUUUUAAAAAGAAAUGGACGUGACGUCAAUAGGAGGUCACACACGUCCCGAUUGUAACGCUAGGUAUGACGUCAGAAUAAAAUUGGUUGAGACGGGACUUUCGUGUGUCUUACAUGAUGGGGGAAUGUUGGGAGACUUUUCGUGAGGGUUUUACAUGUAGUACUAACCCUAAUGAAAUCCUGAUUGGUGGAGAGUUAAUUAAUUCAGUCACGUGUUUGAAUACUCGAUUCUGAUUGGUCGUGCCACCAAGUAGUGACUACAACUACUCUCAUCACCAAAAUGUCUCACAGCAAUAGUAUGUUAUGGUAUCUUAACCAUGGAUUUCCGCUGCACGCACUUCUAACCACCACAUUAAUACUUUUACACUGUAGCACUGCGAAAUAAAGAUGAGCUGGACAGAAGGCCUGGAGAUCAAAAGGAAGAAGGCAGUAGCAUCAGAGAAGAAAGUUGUAGUUAAGACAGUGAACAAGGAGAUAAGGAUUCUGAGAAUUCAAACAAAGAAGGGGCGGGGAACAGAGGGGAUGAAAGCAGCUGUAGCAAGAACAGAGGAGUUUCCAAGAAAGAUAGAAGGGUGGAAAAAGGAGGGGAGGAAGGAAGCUGAAGCUGAAGCGAGAGUGGAGAGACUUCCGAGAACGAUUAAAGGGUGGACAAAAGAGGACAGGAAGGUUUCCCAUGUCUGCCAUCAACAUCAUUCAUCUUCAGCUUUAAAAUAACAUGUAAAACUCUACAUAUCAGCUUCUGUAUCGGUAUGUUGAGUAAUUUUUAUUAUUUUCAAUAUGAUUACUUUUCCCUUAGUGCCUCAAAUUGCAUUUCAUUCCUAAUUUGCAGGGCAAAUGUAUUUAGAUUUAAUAUUUGUGAAUAAAAGUGUUGUUGUUUUAUUCUGCAAAAUAUUUCAAGAUUGACCUGGCUGAAAAGAGAUGGCAGCUGCAAGUGGCAGAGGCAGCCAUAGCAGUAAACUAAGGAACUCGGGUUGCAAAAGAACUAUUUCUGACCUGAAACAGUACAAAAGAGAGUGGUGUAAAACUGUGAACGUAUCUUCCUGGAAAAUAAUAUAUUUCAGUCGUGGCUUGGUGUGAAACUUCGAGCAGGAUAUGAAGGUUCUAGUGACAGUGAUUUUGCGGCACAUUUGUUAUCUCUUGAAUAUCGGAGAAGGUAAGUUUUCCCUUUCUUUACCUCAAGAUUUAACCGUGAAAGAUUUUUUUUUCAAUGAGUUAUACUUUUGAUAGUACCUUGCAGCUUAUUUUUGAAGGGAAAUUUAGGACACUACGUCAGCUGAAUGAAGUGCUAGUUGCAGUUGUUGUAAUACUGUUGAACAAUUUGAAGAGUUUUAGAAAAGAAACUUUCCAGUUUUUUUGGCAAUUUCUCCUAUUCAGAAGAUAUUGAAAAUCCAUUUUGACCUUGCCACUUACAGCACCUGUAGAAGUUACCCUCCCUUUUUAACUUCAUCUGAAAAGCAGUGUUUUAUUGUGUAAAGACACUGUAUUUAAUUUUAUCAAAGGGAUAGUAUCAUAAGUUGCACACACUCUUUUACAGCAUUUUAUCUCUUCAGCUUCCGCUAACUAAUGGAAAGAAAAUAGACAAUUUGAAUGGCAUGAUAUCAUUGAAUACAAUUAUUUCUUUAUGAGAGUUCGUGUUCCUUUUCAGUGGGGUGGGGGGGAGUGGGUUCUUUUUCAUAAGGACAUCGGAUUUUUGAAGCCUACUGUUGCCAUGGUGUCAGUAUUUUGGUCCCCACAGAACAAUUGUUAUCUAUAAAAUGGACAACCUAGAAAAUCGCCAAUAGAAGCAGGUUUACUUAAUUGUUUUAUUUUUAGGUACUAAAUAUAGCUAAUUUUUUGAAUUCGCAGUGGGUGACAUUUUGAUCUCCUAUUACUUGUGCAAAGUCCAGUACAUGUAUGUACUGUUACCCAGUGAUUUUACUGUGUUUGUACAGUGCUAUCAUUGUCAGUGUUCAGGUCGCAUGCUAGAUUUAUGGUGUUAUAUUUUCCUUAAUGGCUCAAUAGAAUUUACGUGAUCGCCCUUCUCAUGACUACAUGGCAGCCUUACACAAAGGUCACAAUUCCAAUGUUUAUGAGGAAAUUACAAGAGUUCCAAAAAAAUGGCCAAGAAAAGUUAACAAUUUAACAUAUUCACCACAUGGGAUUUCUGUGUUAUUCAGACUGAAUUGGUUUCAUGGCAGUUCAAAGGAUGAAUAUAUCCACUGCGUCAUGAAGUUUCCUUGACUUUUGCUGUUUAAGCCCAUCAGAAGUUAAGUACAGACGACUUUUUCAAAUUGGAAACUUUUUAUCCAGUGGAAGUAGCAAAUAGGUUUUGUAGCUACUUCUCUAGUAUUGGUCCCAACCUCGCAAAGAAGAUACAGCCUCCUCCUUGUUCACAGAAAGAUUUUCUAUCUGGAUCAUUUCGAGAGUCAAUCUUUUUUAGCCCAACAACAGAGGAUGAAAUUAUUACCAUUGCUCAAUCUUUUGCUUCCGGGAAAGCGGCUGGAUACGAUAAUAGUCCAAUGUCUAUAAUUAAGGAAUCCAUUCAAAUCAUUUCGGGACCUCUGGCUCACAUUAUGAAUUUAUCGAUCGCUCAUGGCGUUGUACCAGAUCAAAUGAAAAUAGCUCGUGUGGUACCACUGUUUAAAGCUGAUGACCAGUCACUAUUCACCAACUAUAGGCCUGUCUCGGUUCUACCAAGCUUUUCAAAAUUUCUAGAGAGAAUCAUCUAUAAUCGCUUGUAUGAUUAUUUAACUAAUUUACAUAUUCUCUGUGAUAACCAGUUCGGCUUCAGGAAAAACCACUCUACGACGCUUGCCUUGAUUGAUUUGCAUGAAAAAAUUUCAUCUGCUAUUGAUCAUGGUGAAUUAGCGGUUGGUGUCUUUUUAGAUCUCUCGAAAGCUUUCGAUACAGUCAAUCAUUCCAUCUUAUUUGAUAAACUUGAACACUAUGGUAUACGUGGCUUGGCUCUCAAAUGGAUUAAGAGCUAUUUUUCCAACAGACUUCAAUUUGUAGAAUACAAUGGUUAUGUUUCGUAUCGUGCUAAUAUCAUGUGUGGCGUUCCCCAAGGUUCAAUACUAGGGCCUUUGUUUUUUCUGCUCUACAUCAACGAUAUAAUCAACACGUCAACAAUAUUACAACUGAUAUUAUUUGCUGAUGAUACAAACGUAUUUGUGUCUCACAAGGAUAAAGACUGCCUUACUAAUAUACUGAACGCUGAGCUAAAUAAGUUGUCAAUAUGGUUUAGAGCUAACAGGCUUUCAUUAAACUUGAAAAAAACCAAAUUCAUUGUAUUUAAACCAUCUCAAAAGCGUACAAAUCAAACUAUUCAACUUUUAAUUAAUAAUCAAAAAAUUGAUCAAGUAAAAGAAACAGUUUUCUUGGGAGUAAUCAUGGAUGAAAAUUUAAAUUGGAAAUCUGAAAUCUCACAUGUCGCCAAUAAAGUUUCUAAAUGCACAGGAAUUAUUCGUAAAUCCAGUUUCUAUUUAUCCACGAAAACCUUACGAACACUAUAUUUUUCUCUAGUCUAUCCAUACCUUUUUUAUUGCAACUUAGUUUGGGCCUCUACUUACAGAACUAACCUUAUUCGUCUUGAGAUUUUACAGAAACGAGUGAUCAGAACUAUAGCUAAAACAACUUUCGAUGCACAUACUGAUCCAAUCUUUCAAAAUCUUGGUAUCUUAAAAUUUCAUGAUAUAUACUUAAUACAACUAGGCUUAUUCAUGUACUCCUAUCAAAACCAUACUCUACCUUUAAAAUUUCAUUGUAAAUUUACCUUACAAAGUCAAAUUCAUUCGUAUAAUACAAGAAACUCGUGUAAAUUUCGUCUGCCUUUCUGUCGUACUCGAACCAAACAAUUUUCCGUUUUUUAUCAAGGACCUAAAUUUUACAACACCUUAAACACCAACAUCAUCAACGCUUCCUCACCUUUCUCCUUUAAAAGAGCACUUAAGGCAUUUAUUUGUAAUAAUUAUUAGUAUACUCCAACAAAAAUUUUGGGAAAAAGCCUUUUAAUAUUCAACAUUUGUAAACUUCCGUAAUAUUGAUUAGUUUAACUUUUCACCUCAUAUUAUGUUGUAUCCGUCGCCGUAAUUUUUAUACUAUCUUCGAAAAAUUGUAAUUGAGGAGGCCUAAUUAACAUAAGCUCUAUAGUUUCUUUUAGGCCUCCUCGCCAUCUCUUCCUACAUUUUUUUUUUUUUUGGCAUCUUUUUGUAAUUAUCGUAAUCGUGUGGCAAAUAAAUAAAAUACCUAAAUACCUAGCAGCUGAAGGUCUCCACUGAACUGUUAAUCACUGCAAUUGACGUAUAUUAUCAUUUUACCUCCUAAAAACAUCUUAUUGCGCAGUAUAACGCAAAAUAGUGACCAAGUGUCCACAAAGGGGACUGGAAACCAGGAUCUAUUUAGUACUUAGAAAUAAUUUUGUUUUUGGGAGGGAGAGAAAGAAAUCCCAUAGACAGAAUUGUGGCCAAAAAUUAAAGUGUGGAUUUCUUUGAAACAAUGUAUACAGUUUCGUCCAGUCCUCAAAAUUUCAAUCCAGGUCGUGUAGCUGGUUUUUAAGAACCAUGCCCUAGGGGGGAAGGGUCCUCUGGAAUUCUUUAUGAUAUGUUGUUAUUUCAUCUCUAUAUCAGGAGAAGGCGAAUUUGAGUCCCGCAACUGCCAGCAACCACACAAGCAGUCUGCUAUACCUACUCAAGUAUUACCACUGGGAAAGAAGGCCAAAAUUCGAAGGUUUUCGCAUUAUCUCCCAGCUCAGAACAGCUACUGUACUUCAAAACCAGGGGGUGGUGGAGAGGCCAACUGUGGUUGAAGAUGUCAGAGCCCAAAACAAGUGGUUGGAUUGGUUAAGUGUGUUAGUAUAAAGAAGAACAGACGACAAAGCAAAACAGAAAAAGAAAACAAAUAAAUAUAUAAAUAAAUGACAGGAAUCCCCUAGUUGAUGAGAGUAAGAAAAUAGUUGUGUUACCAAGGCUAGGCACCUGAACCGUAUUUUUCCAAGUGGAAAGCAUUGGAAAGUUUUAAAAACAACACAAAGAUCUCAACAUUUUCACAUCAGCCUCUUAAUGAUUAAUGACCUACUGCCUUGUUAAAACAUCACGUCUCCCUACUUUCUCUUAAGGGAUGAAGUCCUCCAAGCUAGGGAAGCCCAGUUGAGCCGGUUUGAACUGGCCAAAGACAAACAACAACGCUCUCAGGAGGCCUGUGACCUGCUGCUUUUGUCACUGUACACCCACCUCCCACCCAGCAGGGGCCUAGAAGUCAGGACGAUGGAGUUAGUUCUGGAAAGUGUGCUUAAAGUGGUGUUUCAGCAAGUGCACUAUCGUGACAGAAAUUUCGCCCUGAUCAAGAAAGAAGGCGGCAUAAUGCUACAGUUGGGAAGGUUCACAAAAGCCAAACACACUGGGCAUGAAACUGUUUCAGCAACUGACUGGAAACAAGGUCACAAGCUGUGGACUAAGGCCCUUUUUUGUAACCUGGGCAUAUUCCCAGAGGUAGGUCACCAUCACUAUUGAACUGCACGUAACCAUAAAAGUCGUAGGUCCCCGAGACCAGUCACUAACAUCACCAGACUGAGCCCAGGAGGGGACAGCCGGGAGAUUUCACUGUUCCCCAUAAAUUUUGAAAUCUGUUGCUUCACAACACUAUAGCCACAUUGCUGAUAACCGUCUGUUUUGUCCUCUGUUUCAAGCGAAUGUGACGACCACAUGAAAGACAGAGUUGCCGCCUGCCUCCAACACUCCUGA